AUGCCAGAAGGUCGGAAGAUGGUGCAGAGUUCGCCGGCGAGCGCGGGCGCGGGGGACAUCUCGGAAAGAGAGCUGUCGAGGGAGCGGUGCAACCUGCUCACUCCUCCUGCCCGCAUCCAAAGAGUACAUCCAAAGAAGCAGUUGUUCUCCACGCCGGUCAACAAGUUCACAGCGAAGGCCGCUAUGCCAAGCCCUAACUUGGCCAGGAUACGCACUUGCCUCGACGAGCUCCGGCAGACUCCCGCCAGAGCCUCCAAAAUUGGUCCCAAGGCUGUAUCUAUGGAGGACUUGACUCCCAACAAGAGGAUGAGACGAGAAGGUUCAGACAAUCCGUUCCCGCGCGUGGCACUGCCGCCGCUGCACGGCGAGGAGGAGCAGGCGGCGCUCAAGAUAGGCGUGUUCAUGUUGGUGGCGUCGUGGCGCAGGCGGCGCGAGGAGUUGCGCUGCGUGCGGAAAACCUUGGAGUUUCAGGUGAGCUGCUCGGAGCGCCUUCGCAUACAAGUGUGUGCUCUAAAGUCGUUGCUGGACUCCGACAACGCGAAGGUGCGCCUCGCCAUGAAAGAACUAGAGAGACUCAAGCAGCUGUUGCGAGAUAAGGACUUGGAAAAAGCUGUACUCGAAAAGGAAAAGCAUGCUUUGGAACAAGAUAUUUGUGCGUCAGAAGAUCGCGCUUCUGAGAUGGGCAUUGGCUGGCGCAACUGCCGCGACGAGCUGGCGGGCGCGCGCGCGGCGCAGGCGCGCGAGGCGUCCGCGCGCCGCGCCGCGCUGCAGCGCGCCGCCCGCGCCGACCGCACGAUAGCUUCGUUGGAGGAGGAGCUGUCUCAGCGCGCCGAGCAGGUGUCGCAGGGCGCGGCGGCGGCGGCGGCGCUGCGGGCCGCGGGGGACGACUUGCGCAGGGAGAGGGAAGCGCGGUCGCGCGCCGAGGAGGAAUGCUCAGAACUGAGCGCGCGCGUCGCGCUCAAUGCUCAGGAGGUUCGCGAGCUGAGCGCGCGCGUGUGCGAGCUGAGCGCGGAGCUGGAGCGCGCGCGCCGGCGCUGGCUGCCCGCGCCGCUCUACAGGCUAACGGCGGCGGCGCGCGCGUGGCUGGCGCCGCGCUCGCUGGGCGCCGCCGCGCUGUGGGCGCUGGCGCCGGCCAGGCUCGGCUGC